AUGGACACCAAAACCUUUUAUGGGCAGAAGGGACACAAUCAGGCUGUUAGGGCUAUUCCGUCUGACAGUGAGGACAGUGAGCUUGAUGGGAGUGAGAGUGAGGACAGUGAAGGUGAAGAUAGUCAGGAAGAGUGGAUCCCUGGAUCAGGAGAAUGCAUGUCUAUUGAAAAUGACACUGAGUCUGUCAAUGAAGAGGAAGAUGAAGAUGAAGAUGUAGCCGAAGUUGAGUUAGAGCAGUUCCUGGGAACUGUUGUGUACAUGUCACUGUUUGGUUUACCAAGGACCCGUAUGUUUUGGAACAAAGCCUGCAGAGUGUCCCAAGUAGCUGACACCAUGACCCUGAAUAGAUGGGAGGCCAUUAAAAAAUAUCUUCACUUCAGCAACAAUGAAGACAGGCAGGAGGAAGAUAAUGAUCCAUUACACAAGAUCCGACCGCUUGUCACUCACCUAAUCUCCAAACUGAAGUCGAUCCCAAUGCGUGAGAAGCUGGCAGUUGAUGAACAGAUGGUCCCAUUCAAGGGAAGAAGUAGACUGAAGCAAUACCUGCCAUCAAAGCCCAAAAAAUGGGGGUACAAAAUACUCGUCUUGGCUGGCUCUGAUGGUGUCCCGCACAACUUCGAAAUUUACACAGGGAGAGCGGUACACCCCCCUGAGCUAGCAGAUGUGGGAGCAAGUGGCAAUGUUGUCCUCCGCCUGGCUCAGCCUAUACCCAAGCAAGAGAACUACAAGCUCUUCUUUGACAACUGGUUCACAAGUGUCCCCCUUGUGCUCACACUGGCUCAGCAGGGGAUUCACACGAUUGGUACUGUUCGUUGCAACAGACUACCAGGCGUCAACUUAAAGUGCGAUGCUGAGCUAAAGAAAAAAGGACGUGGAUCGUUUGAAGAGAAGAUGGCCAUUGUUGGAGAAACCACAUUGCAUGUUGUGAAGUGGUAUGAUAACCGCACAGUUAGCCUUCUGAGUGAUUACGCUGGAGCGUACCCUGUCAACAAAGUUGAAAGAUGGGAUCGCAAGCAAAAGCUUAUCAUGAAAGUCCCCCGCCCUGCUGUUGUAAAGGAAUACAACAAGAAUAUGGGUGGGGUCGAUCUGCUUGACUCACUGAUUGCACUGUACCGGAUCAAAAUCAGAUCAAAGAAGUGGUAUCACCGGCUGGUGUUUCACUUCAUAGACAUGAUUAUCGUGACCGCCUGGCUGCUCUACAUAAGAGAUUGUGAAGGCACAGGCAUGAGCAGGAAGGAACAAAUGAGGCUGUAUACCUUCAAAUCAUACAUUGCUGAAGGUCUGCAAAAGAGUGGAAAGAGUUUGGAACGCAAGAGAGGUCGUCCCAGUCUCACAAUUGCUGGUGAGUAUGAGGACAAGAGAAGAAAAGGACCAGCAACUCCAAUUCCGAUCCCUGAUGUUCGCCUGGAUGCCACAGCGCACUGGAUGAAAAGAAGGGGAGAUGCAAGGUACCCGGGUGCACAGGCACACCCAAAGCCAAGUGCCAGAAAUGUGAUGUGCACCUCUGCUUCACAUCCACAAGCAACUGCUUCCUGA